AUGGGCAGUAUCUCAGUGCGCAAAUGGAUCCGCUGGGUCCCUGAGGAGGCCAGUGAGCCAACUUCCACUCUCGUCCUCACCUCUCCCGGGCGGCACUUUGUUGAUCUGCGUAUCUACCUGCCCGAAGGCCAUCAAGGGCCCUGGACCGACCCUCUGCCCUUGUCCCGCCUGGAAUGGGGCAUCGCCGGCAUCUCAAUCUCGACCAAGCGCCCCGACUCAACCGGCAAGCUAGCAUCCUACUCAGCCUUCCACCAGUGGAUCUCAUCCCGCACAUUGACACCAGAGCUGUUCCCCGACGCGGGCUUCAUGUACUCCCAGCCCGACAACCUUGUGCUCGAAAAGGGCUCCAUGCUCAACCCUGACACGGGUGCCGACGGCGAGUAUGAGGAGCUCUGGCACGACGUCGACCCCACUGCCGUCCCCGGGGAGGGCGGUGUGAGAGUUCUGGUGGUCCAGCUGCAUGACGAUGAGCACCGUACGAGGGGCUCGGUCGUGAGGCUGGGAAGGCACAUGCAGGGUUUUGUGAGGGUUGGUGAUGAUGUUGCGCUGGAGAGGUGGGAGUGGGAUGAGGGAUGGAAGAGGACUGUGAAGAUUGGUGAAAUUGGGCUGCCUUGUGAGAAGAUCUUGAAGGGGGAGAAUCUGAGCGAAGGCGAUGUUGUUGAAGUGGGAGGAAAGCCGUGGAUGGUUGUCGAGGAGAGCGGGAAGCGCGAUGCUACUUCCAAACUGUAA